AUGCAAAACAGCGCAACGGCGGAGAAGAAGACGAAGACGAAGACGAAGAAGAAAAAGAACAUGUGCUUGGCUUCUUCCAAGACCACGUCCCGCACACUGGCCUUGACAGAGCAAAAGCACAGCUGUCUGCGCAAUAACUCUCCCACUUAUUGCCGUUAUCCGUGCCUCUCUGACAGAAAGGACGGUCCGGUAUGGCAAUUGGGAAGCAAAUCCGCAUUCGAUAUUUGGCAGCCUGAGCCUGAGCCCCUUCCUGCCGGAGAUCUAUUCGAUGUACUCCCGAGAAGGAUGCCCCUGGUUCUCGGGCGAGGGAGGCGCAGCUCUGUGCAUAUCAGACUUCUGGUCUUUGCUCUUUAG